CUUUUCCCUAUUGAGUUUCAAUCAAUUAUUCUGUCGCAUUAAAAAUAAAAAAUAAAAAUCUAGUGAUGGUAUCCUCUCUUUAUUUUUUCAAAGUUACCAAAAAGUACAUUAUCUAUUCCAUUUAGUCUCAACCAUUCAUCUGUAUCUCUCCCUCUUUCCAACUGAGAACCUGAGAGAAAUAACAGCGGAUUUGGCUGCAAAACAAAGACGGUAUGAAGUUUUUAAACCAUCUAUCAUGUAUCGGUCUAAUCUCCUUAGCUUUUUACAGUCAAUUUUCAAGUCCUUCACCGGAAACGCCCACCCCGACGCCAUGGCCGGAACAGUUCCACGCACUCCUGUCCAUGAGCCUGAACGAAUCCAAUCAGAUUACCGACCUGUGGUACGACUGGCCUAAAGGCCGCAACGUAAACGUGAUGCAGAAGCAGCUCGGCGUCCUGCUCUACGACGUAGAGUGGGACAACGGCACCUCGUUCUACUACACGCUCGGCGGCAACCCAACGUGCCGGACUAUGAACUUCGAGGUGGGGAUUCCCAGGCCGGAUUUUCUGAACGGGGCGAAUUAUUUGGGUACUCAGGUGGUGGAUGGGUUUCUGUGUAAUGGGUGGGAGAAGGUUGAUUUUAUAUGGUACUACGAGGAUGUUCAUACAAAGAGGCCUGUUCGCUGGGAUUUCUAUGAUGGGAUAAUUACGCACGUAAUUACCUUCGAGGUUGGUGCAGCGUUGCCGGAUUCAUAUUUUCAAGCACCUGAAUAUUGCUUUAGCAAGGAGAAAGAUACAUCUCAAUCCUAUUAGCUAGUAUUUUGUUCUGUUGUAAAGUUAUAUCCUGCUUCACUAGUCCAUUAUCAAUCUGGUUGUACUGAAUUUAUAUAGCUUUAUACUAUGGUCUCAUACAUAAAUUUUUAUUAAAUUUUUAUUACUUUA